AGAGGUUUGUUGGCGCGUUCUAUUAUUCAAGCGCAAGCUGCUUCUCCAACAUUCACUCCAGUUUAUGCAGCACUAACAGGUAUAAUCAAUUCUAAGUUCCCUGAUAUAGGUGAAUUGGUAUUGACGCGUCUCGUUCUGCAAUUUAAACGUGGGUUUAAAAGAAAUGAUAAACCUUUGUGUAUAUCCUCAGGCACAUUUAUAGCACAUUUGGUUAAUCAAGGUGUAGCCUAUGAAAUUAUUGCUUUAGAAAUUUUGACUCUGUUAUUGGAAACACCAACAGAUGAUUCCGUUGAAGUGGCGAUAGCAUUUUUGAAGGAAUGUGGCAUGAAGCUGACAGAGGUUUCGCGAAGAGGUGUAGAAGCCAUCUUUGAGAUGUUAAGAAACAUACUACACGAAGGACAAUUGGAUAAGCGAGUUCAAUAUAUGAUAGAAGUUAUGUUUCAAAUCAGAAAGGAUGGAUUUAAGGAUCACGAAGCUGUUCCCCAAGAA